UCGGGCACACACCCUGCCCGCCUGCUGCUGCCGCCGGCCGGGCAGGGAGAGGCCGGGGCAGCUGGGGGGACGGUGACGGCCGCCUACGCCCAGGCCAGCCGGCACCCGGGCCCAGGCUCCCACCAAGUGCCCUGAGGCCACCGGGCCUCCGACACAGGUGGCAGGCAUGGAGGAGAUGACCAUCUGGGAGCAGCACACGGCCACCAUCUACAAGGACCCCCGCCGGGGCUUCGGCAUCGCCGUGUCCGGGGGCCGGGACCGGCCCAGUGGCUCCGUUGUGGUGUCCGAUGUGGUGCCCGGAGGCCCGGCCGAGGGCCGGCUCCAGACGGGCGACCGCAUCGUCAUGGUGAACGGCGUCUCCAUGGAGAGCGUCCCCUCCACCUUCGCCAUCCAGAUGCUGAAGACUUGCAACAAGCUGGCCAACGUGACAGUGAAGCGGCCCCGGAGGGUCCAGCUGCCGGCCACAGGGGCCACCCCGUCUGGCCCGGGCGGCCUGGACUCGGACUCGGACGAUGGGCGGCGGCGGCUGGAGGAGGCUGACCACGGCCGCGGGUACGAGGGCGACUCGUCCAGCGGCUCCGGCCGCUCGUGGGGCGAGCGCUCCCGCCGGGCCCGGGCAGGUCGCAGGAGCCCCGGAGGCGGCUCCGAGGCCAACGGGCUGGCCCUGGUGUCCGGCUUCAAGCGGCUCCCUCGGCAGGACGUGCGCAUGCGGCCGGUGAAGUCGGUGCUGGUGCGGCGGCGGGACAGCGAGGAGUUCGGGGUGAAGCUGGGCAGCCAGAUCUUCAUCAAGCACAUCGAGGACGCGGGCCUGGCCGCCCAGAGCAGGGGGCUCCAGGAGGGCGACCUGGUCCUGCAGAUCAACGGCGUGUCCCUCCAGAACCUGUCGCUGAGCGACACGCGGCGUCUCGUGGAGAAGUCGGACGGGAAGCUGACACUGCUGGUGCUGCGCGACCACAGGCGGUUCCUGGUCAACAUCCCGCCGGCCGUCAGCGACAGCGACAGCGACAGCCACAGCUCCCUGCUGGAGGACAUCUCGGACCUGGCCUCGGAGUUGUCGCAGGCGCCACCGUCGCAUAUCCCUCCACCUCCCCGGCACCGGCGGCAGAGCCCAGAGGCCAGCCCGGCCGGCUCCCCGGGGGAGCGGGGAAGCCCGCGGAACUCCGGGACCGCCUCGGAGCCCGACUCGCCCCGCGGCAGCAGCUACGACGUCUACAGGGCACCCAGCGAGCCGAGCGUGGACGACCGCGGGUACAGCCCGGACUCCCGGGUCGUCCGCUUCCCCAAGGGUGCGAGCAUCGGGCUGAAGCUGGCCGGGGGCAAUGACGUGGGCAUCUUCGUGUCCGGGGUGCAGGCGGGCAGCCCGGCCGAUGGCCAGGGCAUCCAGGAGGGCGACCAGAUCCUGCAGGUGAACGAGGUGCCCUUCCGGAACCUGACGCGAGAGGAGGCCGUGCAGUUCCUCCUGGCGCUGCCCCCGGGCGAGGAGAUGGAGCUGAUCACGCAGCGGAAGCAGGACAUCUUCCGGAAAAUGGUGCAGUCACGCGUGGGCGACUCCUUCUACAUCCGCACGCACUUCGAGCUGGAGCCCAGCCCCCCGUCCGGCCUGGGCUUCACGCGCGGCGACGUCUUCCAUGUGGUGGACACGCUGUACCCGAGCCCAGGGCACACGCGCGGCGGCUGCUGGCUGGCGGCGCGCAUGGGGCGGGACCUGCGCGAGCAGGAGCGAGGCAUCAUCCCCAACCAGAGCAGGGCCGAGCAGCUGGCCAGUCUGGAGGCGGCACAGCGCGCCGUGGGCGCCGGGCCCGGCUCGGCCGCAGCCUCCAACGCCCGGGCCGAGUUCUGGCGGCUGCGGGGCCUGCGCCGAGGAGCCAAGAGGACCACCCAGAGGAGCCGCGAGGACCUGUCCGCGCUGACCAGACAGGGCCAGUACCCGCCCUACGAGCGCGUGGUGCUGCGCGAAGCCAGCUUCAAGCGCCCGGUGGUGAUUCUGGGCCCCGUGGCGGACAUCGCCAUGCACAAGCUGGCGGCGGAGAUGCCCGAGCAGUUUGAAAUCGCCGAUAGCGUGCUGAGGACCGACAGCCCCUCCAAGGUCAUCAAGCUGGACACCGUACGGGUCAUCGCCGAGAGGGACAAGCACGCGCUGCUGGACGUGACGCCCUCGGCCAUCGAGCGGCUCAACUACGUGCAGUACUACCCCAUCGUGGUCUUCUGCGCCCCCGAGAGCCGGGCGUCCCUCAAGGCCCUGCGGGAGUGGCUGGCGCCCGGCUCGCGCCGCAGCAGCCGCCGCCUCUACGCGCAGGCGCAGAAGCUGAGGAAGCAGGACAGCCACCUGUUCACCGCCACCGUCCGCCUGCACGGCGCGGGCGAGAGCUGGUACCAGGAGCUGAAGGCCGCCAUCCGAGAGCAGCAGGCGCGGCCCAUCUGGACGGCCGAGGACCAGCUGGACGGCUCGGAGGAGAACCUGGACCUCCCCCACCGCGGCCUGGCCGACAGCUCCGCCGACCUCAGCUGCGACAGCCGGGUCAACAGCGACUACGAGGAGACGGACGGCGAGGGCUACACGGACGGCGAGGGCGUGGACGGCGACGAGGGGCCCCCUGCUCCGGCCCUGGCCCGGUCCUCGGAGCCCGUGCAGGAGGAUGAAGCGCAGAGCCCGAGGCAUCAUGGGAGAAUCCCGGCUCCGUGGGAGGCGCAGGUGGACAGCCCCCGCCCCCAGGCCCAGUGGCGACAGGACAGCAUGAGGACCUACGAACGGGAGGCCCUGAGGAGGAAGUUCACGCGCGCCAGGGACGCGGAAUCCUCGGACGAGGAGGCCUACAGCUGGGGACCGGCCACGGACCUGUGACCCCGCCCCCGCCCCGCGCCCCCCAGGACCGCGCAUAAACAGCAUUUCCGGG